UCUCAAAGAUAGAAAUAUAUUUUGAGAGGAAGGGGAAGAUGAGAGUGCUUGCGCUCUCUGUUAGAAGCAUAGUCCAGGGGAUCAGCACCCACCAUGGCGUCAGGCUGCAAAAUUGGCCUCUCCAUCCUCAGUAGCGACCUGGCCUGCCUGGGGGCCGAGUGCACCCGGAUGCUGGAUUCCGGGACCAACUAUCUGCACCUGGAUGUAAUGGACGGGCAUUUUGUUCCCAAUAUCACUUUUGGUCACCCUGUAGUAGAAAACCUUCAAAAGCAACUAGGCCAAGACCCAUUCUUUGACAUGCACAUGAUGGUUUCUAGACCAGAACAGUGGGUAAAGCCAAUGGCUAUAGCAGAAGCAAAUCAAUAUACCUUUCAUCUGGAAGCUACUGAGAACCCUGGAGCAUUGAUUCGAGAGAAUGGGAUGAAGGUUGGUCUUGCUAUUAAACCAGGCACUACAGUUGAGUAUUUGGCACCAUGGGCCAAUCAGAUAGAUAUGGCCUUAGUCAUGACGGUGGAACCUGGCUUUGGAGGGCAGAAGUUCAUGGAAGACAUGAUGCUAAAGGUUCAUUGGCUGAGGACCCAAUUCCCCUCUCUGGAUAUUGAAGUAGAUGGUGGAGUAGGUCCUGACACGAUUCAUAAAUGUGCAGAGGCAGGAGCUAAUAUGAUUGUGUCUGGUAGUGCUAUCAUGAGGAGCAAAGACCCCAGAUCUGUCAUCAAUCUCCUGAGAAAUGUUUGUUCAGAAGCUGCUCAGAAAUGCUCUCUGGAUUGAUGAGAUUUCCAGGCAAAUAUCCUCCUGUGCCCAGCCCACGUCCUCAAUAGACCAGAUUAUUCAGCCUCAUUUUCACCUGGUGCACAAUAACCCAAGGAGCUCAAGAAUCAUGAUGCUGCAGAGGGGGGGCCACUGUCUGUCCCAAGCAGUUAAGCCUUCAUCUUGUUGACUUCAGCAUACAUACCGAUAUGCUGAGGUCAAGAAUGGAAAUAGGUGCAUAUGUGAUCAUUACUAGGUUUUUAAAGAGUUGGGAAUUAAAUUUUUAUGUGGCCUAAAGUACAGAGUUUUUACUAGAAGACUUGAUUUAAAAAAAAAAAAGAAUAUAUUAUGUUGCCUUGUCUUAAGGUUGAAAAAACAAAUUUUGUCUCAGAGGCAGAAGAAAAAAACAGCAGCUGCUAACUAUAAAAGGACUAAAAUGGGUAAUACUGCUCCUCUUGAAAGUAUUCUCAAAUGUUUCUGCAUCAUUAUAAAAGGAUUGCUUUACUCAUUAGCUUUCUUUAGGAAACAGUUGUCUUUGUUUGGGGCAUCAAUUGAUUUCCAUAUAUGCAAUUUCUUUGUGUGGCUGGGUUUGGUUGGGGGGGGGGAAUCUAAGCCAAAUGCUUUUGAGUGGAAUGAGAUGAUUCCUUUCUAAGUUUCUUUAUCUCUUUCCCCUCCCAUCAUCCCUUUAUACUUAUCUUGACCACAUUUUCAUGUGAUUGACCACUGUACCUUGUUUUCCCAGUUGACCAAAUGACACAAACCAUUUCCAGCCCCCCCCCCUCUUUUUUUCCCUUCAUUUUGGGCAGUAACCUACUUUGGAACUAAACUAUAAGACAACUGAGGAUUAUGUUGUUUACAAGAGUUUAUUUUUUAUAUACUUAAAAAACCAUUUAUUUCAGGCUCCUUCUUGCCUAUAGCAAAAUAUGUUCAAUGCUUGUUGGACAGAAAGCCGACUUGUCUCUUUCUCCAGAUCAGAAGUAUGGCCUCAGAUCCUUCAGGUGGCGGGGUCCAAAAAUACAACAGUGUAGGACAUCAUUGUCUAGGAGUGUCCUCAGGUCACAAGGGAAAAAGAGAAAAAAGAUGAGAGCUUGGCAAGUGAUGAGACACAGGAAAAGAGGAAGAGAGAGGAUACAAUGAUGUUUUUGAAGUUUCAAACCUGGUGGACCAAAGUUUAGCAGUUUCCUGCAUAGAAUUAAAGAACUUUGAAUGAAAGGUGGACUUUGGUGAUGAUUUCCAUUUUGAACCUGCUAAAUUUGAGAUGAUGGGAUGCCCAGAAAGAGACCUAAAACAAAAAGCUAGUGAUUUGGGAUUGGCCUUUAGGAUGAGAGAAUCUGGAAAGGUCCUUAGACCUUAAAGGUCCUUUAGGCCAACUUCCUUGUUUUACAGAUUAUAAAACAAACCCAGAAAGGAUAUGUGAUUGAUCUAAGGUAACACAAGUGCUUAUAAUGUGUCAGUCUAUUUAGUAAGUUCUAGAAAUACAAGGGAAGUAUCAUUCCCUGCCUUCAAAGACAUUUCACAGAUGAAGAAACUGAAGCAAACAGAGGUUAAGUGACUUACCCAGAGUCAUACAACUAGUAAAGUUUCUUCAGCAAAAUUUGAACCCUGAUCUUCCCUAUUCCAGGUCCAGCUUUCUAUCAAUUAUGCAAAGAGAAAAGGACUAAAGACAAAGUCAGGGGAGAAACUCGAAAGAAGCAGUAUUUGUGUAGGGUGGGUUGAGGAGAUAUCUUAUACACCAGAAAAGAUGUUCGAAAAGGAGAAAGGAGACAUAAAAGAGGAAAACCAAGUCAGACCAAAUGUCAUACCAGCCAAAGAGGGGAAAAAAUAUAGGAGAAAAAGAAUGGUCUGCACUGUCAAAAAAUGCAGAGAGGUCAAAUAAAAAUUGAAAAAAGACUAUUGGAUCUAGCAGUGAAGAUAUGGUUGUUAUCCUUGGACAGGAAAUUUCAGUGGGGCAUGGAUUCAGAAAUUAGAUUUAGAAUAGAAAGUAAGAAAAGGAAAGUAAGAAAACAGAAAAAAAGAAACAUUGGGCAAUAAAUAGCCUGAGCAAAAGGAAGAGCCAAAUGAAGGGUUCUGAAUAUAGAAGAGACCAGGGAAUGUUUUUAGGUGACAAAGAAGGACACUAGUAGGAGAGGGUAACAUGUGAGAGAAGAAAUUAUCAAGAAGCCAAAUUGCUGGAGUUGAUGAGAGGUUGGACUCAAGACUACAAAUAGAAACAUUUUACUUGAAACCUCUUCUUCAGAGGCUAAAGCAAAAGAGAGAAAAGCUGAUAAAGAAUCAAGAAGGGAAUAGCGGAAUUUUUAGAAGAGGGGAGCAGGGGUCAAUUGGAAAAGAUGUUUAAUAAAAUCUAUUUUUCUCUUUGGUAAGUGGGAGGAAG